UGCGGCGGGCCAGGGAAACGGUGUGCACGAAAGAGAUACGAGGUGGUGGCCAGGGGCCCGAGGGGAGGCACGCAGACACCCUGAUCCGGGCACCCUUUCUUGCCUCCCCAACAGCUACGUUCCAGCGCAGCCCGCAGGAACCCCAGCAGGAGCUGGUGCAGCAUGGCAGCCCCUGGCUUUGUGCAGGAGAUGCACUCUGUGGGUGAGAGACUGUUGAAGAAGCUGCGAGGGCUGCCCCAGGCCGAGCCCGUGGAGCUUGUGGCCUUCUCCAUCCUCGUCCUCUUUACAGCCACUGUUCUGCUGCUGCUGCUGAUAGCCUGCAGCUGCUGCUGCACUCACUGCUGCUGCCCUGAGCGCAGAGGCAGGAAGGUCCAGGUGCGGCCCAUGAGCCCCCACUGAGGGACAGCAAGACAUGGAAGGAGAAGCUGGAGAGGCUGUCAACCUGGCCCUGUGGCCCUCGCGCCUCCAGACAAGGACCUCCCAGCCCCAGUUCUGGCCCUGUCCUGAUGCCAGGACGCUGACACCUGGAGCCUCACCAAGGAAACAAGGGCUGGGACACGCACAAAACUCCACCUGCUAGUGGACACUGGGUGUUGGGGAGGAGUCCACUGCUCAAAGACUGAGGACACCACCUGGGUCUUCUGCUGACCUUCACUUUUUAACAAGGACACAGGAGUCCCCAUACUUUGAUGGGGACCAGCCCACAUCUGUGGGGAGCUGGCCCUUGGGGCUCCACUGAUCCAUGCCAAAGAGGAACAAGCCAA